AUUUAUACCUUCCUCCCCUUAUCUUUGAUCACAAACAAAACAACCAAAACCAAAAACUUCUUCCUUAACAAAACAAAACACUAUUUUCGUCACAGAGCAACACACAAAACAUAGUUAGAGUAAAAUAAAAUGGGGAAGCACUUGUUCCGGUCAUCUCCUCCACAAGAGAAACAAACACCUCACCAAAGACUCGCAGAAACAGCUGUAGAAGAGUGUAUGAGACACAUCAACACCGUCAUAUCCAAAUGGACUUCUCCUUCUUCUUCUUCCGACCAAUUCCUCUUCUCCACCAACAGUCGUCACGAAGCACAAGAGUUCGUUGAAGCCGUUAGACACUUACACAGCACCAUGCACCGUUUAGCCGCCGUCAACCCCACGUCUGAGAAGCUAGUCUACUCUCAGAACCUUAUGCAAUCAGCAAUGAACCUUCUCGAAUCUGAGUUCCACCGAGUCUUGCUGGAGAACCGACAGUAUCUAGACCCGGAAUGCGUCUCUGUCAGAUCGUCAAGAUUCAGCACAUCAACACCAACAAGCCUCUCCGACUCCGAAGAAGAAACCUAUCACCAAGAAAACUCCGAAGAACAUACAUUCUCCGGGGGAGAUUCCGUCGCCAUGGACGACCUCAAAACAAUUGCUGACUGCAUGAUCUCAACAGGAUACGCCAAAGAAUGCGUCAAAGUCUACAAAACCGUACGUACAUCAAUCGUGGAGGAAACGCUCCACGGUUUAGCCGUGGAGCGUUUCACUCUUCACCAAAUCCAAAAAAUGGACUGGGACACACUCGAGUCCAAGAUCAAAUCCUGGCUGCCAGCUGUCAAACUAGCCGUUAGGUCCCUCUUCUUCGGAGAGAGGCUUCUUGCUGAUCACGUCUUCUCCUCCUCCACCAACAUAACAGAAUCCUCCUUCACCGAUAUCACUCAAGAAGGAGCCCUAACUCUCUUCACCUUCCCGGAGAACGUAUCAAAGAUCAAGAAACUAUCCCCCGAGAAAAUGUUCCGGUUCCUCGACAUGUACGAGUCCCUCGCGAGCCUCUUCGUCGAGAUCGAGUCCAUCUUCUACUUCGACUCGGCAGUUACCGUUAGAACUCAGGUGAUCAACUCGUUAGCUAAACUCGGCGACGCGGCCAGGCUCAUGAUGACGGAUUUCGAGUCGGCGAUUCAGAAGGAAACCUCCAAGACGCCGAUCGUCGGCGGCGGAGUUCACCCUCUCACACGCUACGUCAUGAACUACCUCUCGUUUCUCGCGGAUUACAGCGACUCCACCGCCGUGAUCUUCGAGAACUGGCGGCUAACCUCGCCGUCUCCCUCGCCGGAAAAAUCCGCCGGAGAAGAUGCUCCGCCGGAGGAGAUGUACUCGUCUCCGGUGUCCUUACGAAUCGCGUGGGUGAUUCUCUUGACUCUCUGUAAAAUCGACGGUAAAGCGCAGCCGUAUAAGGACGUGGCGUUGUCUUAUUUAUUCCUCGCGAAUAAUCUUCAAUACGUCGUCGUAAAGGUGCGUUCGUCUGGCUUGAGGAUUCUACUAGGGGAGGAGUGGGUGGUGAGGCACGAGGGGAAGGUGAGGCAGUACGUGGAGAAGUUCGAGAAGCUAGCGUGGGGGAAAGUGGUGACGUCGUUAUCGGAGAAUCUUGCCGAGGAGAUUACGCGGGAAGAGGCGAGAGAGUUGUUUGGUAGGUUUAAUGAUGAGUUCGAAGUGGCGUACCGGAAACAGGUUUCGUGGGUUGUACCCGACCCGAAACUUAGGGAUUGGGUUAAAAUAUCGUUGAGUGGGAAAGUUAUGCCGGUUUGUACCGAGUUUUACGAGGUGAACCGGGUCGGUUUGGGGGGAGAUGUCAGAUAUACCCCUGAGGAUAUAGGGAAUUACUUGUCGGAUCUUUACUUUGGAAGUAGAGGGUCAGGGAGUGUGUCGACAAAAGGAUCCGGAUCCGGAACCGGUUCGUCGACUACGGGUAAAUCUCGUGGAGGACAGAGCCAUUGAGUGAGAAUUCUCGUGAUAUAUUUUAUUCUUGUUUUGUUUUAGGUGGUUUGGUUAAGGUGCAUAAAGUGAUUAUGUAUGAUCGUAUCAUAUAAUAUGUUAAAUUAUUCAUCGAAUAUUAUCUUUAUAUCAUUAUAAUCGUCCGAUAUUUUGUUUGGAACUUUGUGUUUAUUAACGACAAAAUAAAAUACGAUGAUUGUUUCCGA